GCAGGACUCCGGGUCCAGGUCGGGAGACGCGCGGCGGAGUGUGGAAGCCAGGAUGCGGGCUGUCGGUGUGCUGUGGGCGCUGCUGGCCGCCCUGCUGCCCCCCGGCCGCUCGGAGCUGGCGACGCUGGUGCAGGAGCAGCUCAAGCCCGAGUCGUCCAUGCUGAAGCCAAAGGUGAUGAUCGCCAUCGUGGCUCGGAACGCGGCGCACAGCCUGCCCUACUACCUGGGCUGCAUCGAGAGGCUGGAGUACCCCAAGGAGCGCAUCGCGAUCUGGGCAGCAACAGACCAUAAUAUGGACAACACCACCGCCAUGUUGAGAGAGUGGCUGAAGGGAGCUCAGCGAGUCUAUCACUAUGUGGAGUGGAGGCCAAUGGAGGAGCCAAGGUCCUACACAGAUGAGUGGGGUCCAAAGCACUGGCCUCCUUCCAGGUUCAAUCAUGUGAUGAAGCUCAGGCAGGCAGCGCUGAAAGCCGCCCGGGAGCGGUGGGCCGACUACAUCCUGUUUGUAGACAGUGACAACCUGCUGACCAACCCUCGUGUCCUUAACCUGCUGAUUGCUGAGAACUUGACCCUGGUGGCUCCGAUGUUGGAGUCUCGAACUCUUUACUCCAACUUUUGGUGUGGUAUCACUCCACAGGGUUACUACAAGCGAACCCCGGACUAUCAGCCAAUCAGGGAGUGGAAGCGGCUCGGCUGCUUUCCUGUCCCCAUGGUGCACAGCACAUUCCUCUUAGACCUCCGUCGUGAAUCCAGCAGGGACCUGGCCUUCUACCCCCCUCACUCGGACUACAGCUGGGCAUUUGACGACAUCAUGGUGUUCGCCUUUUCUGCACGACAAGCAGGUGUGCAGAUGUAUGUGUGUAACAGAGAACACUACGGUUUCCUGCCUGUCCCUCUCAAGGCACAGCAAAAUGUGGAAGAUGAAAAUGAGAGCUUCAUACACACCAUCACAGAAGCACUGAUUGAUCAUGACAUUGAGCCCUCUGAGCACGUGCACUUCCCGUUAUCGCUGCAGAGCAAGAUGGACUUUGAUGAAAUUUUCCUGAUUAAUCUAAAGCGCCGCCUGGACAGGAGAACCAGGAUGUUGAAAACAAUGAGCUCGCUGGGCCUCCACGCCACGCUGACAGACGCAGUGGACGGCAAGGCUCUCAAUACGUCACAGCUGCAGGCGCUGGGAAUAGAGAUGAUGCCGGGCUAUAAGGACCCGUACUCAGGUCGAGUCCUGACCAGAGGGGAGAUCGGCUGCUUCCUCAGCCACCACUCUGUAUGGACACAGGUGAUAGAGCGCGGCCUUCAAAAAGUUCUUGUUUUGGAAGAUGAUGUGAGGUUUGAACCGAGGUUCAAACGAAGGCUUCAGGCCAUAAUGGACGACAUAGAUAAAGCCCAGCUGGAUUGGGACCUCAUCUAUGUGGGGCGAAAGCGUAUGCAGGUGCAGCAGCCGGAGCAGUCGGUGGAUGGUGUCAACAACCUGGUUGAGGCCGACUAUUCUUACUGGACACUCGGCUAUGCACUUUCACAGAAAGGAGCCAGGAAGCUCCUGGCUGCACAGCCCUUCACGAAGAUGCUGCCUGUCGACGAGUUUCUGCCCGUCAUGUUCAACAAGCAUCCAAACGUUCAGUACAUGGCUCUUUUUGAGCCACGGGAUCUGAAGGCUUUCUCUGUGGAGCCACUGCUCAUCUAUCCCACCCACUACACCGGAGAGCCCGGCUACAUCAGCGACACCGAGACCUCCACCAUCUGGGACGACGAAGCCGUGGCCACAGACUGGGACCGGCAGCACGCCCGCAAGACGGCGCAGCAGGGCCGCAUCCGACCCGUGGCACAGAACAGCGUCACAGGAGACUCGCCCCCUCCUGCAGCUCGAGCGUCACGUGAUGAACUCUGAUACAGAGAUGUGAAACUCAGAGACAGGGACUCGUGGUCAUGGAUACAUGUGGUGAAUCACACUUGAAAAAAAAAGAAAGAAACACUUGAACUGCAAGCGGACAUUUAUUUACAAACACAUACAUGGAUAAAAGCAGAAUUUGGCUGUCAGUCCUGCCUGCUCGCUGAAGAGGGGGGUAGAAGAAAAAGAAGAAGACACACAAGAAGAAGAAGAAGAAGCCUUCAACAAAGUCUUUAUUUAUUCCUUGUGUGCCUCCUCUGGGCAUGUGGAGACUGUUAAAGCAUUAAAAGGCUCAAGAAACACAUGGAAGACAGAAGCAAGCGUAAUAUUACAGAUGUGAAAGUUGGAAAAAAAAGUUUUCAGAAUUUAAUUUUAUGUUGUUUUAAAAGGUUUUUGUUAUUUAAAGGGAACAUGUGUGCUCUUAGGGGACAGCUGAAGAAUAAAGGAACUUGAAGCUGUCAGAAACCAAGCCUUCCAUUUUGAGUGUCAAACUGCGUCAACACCUCACUCAGCAUCCCAGGGUUCGUUCGUGCGUGUACGUGGAGAUAUGCAUGCACUGAAAGAGCUGGACUUCCUCUGCCUUUGUGGAACAUCACAUUGACUCACAGUCAUUUCUCUUGAGACUCUCUCUAACCUCAACUUGCCUAACCCUGCCAAACCUUUACCUCUUUCCCAAACCUUAAAAGAUGCCUUUCCUCGCAGUGUGUUGGUUUGCUUUGCUGUCUUUACGGAUAAGCAGGUACAUUCCCAUAAUGUGAGCAUGUAAAUAGAAUCAGGUCUCCACAACAUGGCUAAAACAGACACACACAAACACACACACUGCAGUGAGGGAAAUAAUGUCUUUUACUGUAAAAAAAAAUAAGCUCUUCUCUUGCACAGCAGGCUGGUCCUGCUGUCUAACCAUUCAGACCCCCAGACACAAAUUUUGGUUUUAACCAUUCCAGGC